AUGCAACUGUCCCUGGACUCAUGGCCUCACCUUCUCGCCCUGCUCCUACCCCUCAUCAUCUCCCUGCUGUACCUGAAGAAGAAGCAGCCUACUCGCGCAGGUGACUUCAAGGCCUACCCACUCCUCGGCAGGUUCCCUCACUUUGUCAGGAACCAGCACCGCCUGGUCGAAUGGUCGGUCGACGUCGCGAAGCGAAGCCCAACGCAUACCACGCCCUUCAAAGCCCCCGGCCUGCCCGGCGUCGUCAUCACCGCAAACCCGGACAACGUCGAGCACAUAGCCAAGACGAGCUUCGCCAACUACCCCAAGGGCGACCACAUGGCGGCCAAGAUCAGGGACUUCCUCGGCCACGGCAUCUUCAACUCCAACGGCGAGCAGUGGCUGUGGCAGCGCAAGGCCGCCAGCUACGAGUUCAGCAAGCGCUCGCUAAGGAAGUUCAUCGUCGAAACCGUCCGGUCCGAGGUCGACGAGAGGCUCCUGCCGCUGCUCGAGGAGGCCGCCGCCGGGCGGCGCGCCCUGGACAUGCAGCACGUGCUCGAGAGCUUCGCGUUCGACAACAUCUGCCACGUGACCUUCGGCGACGACCCGGGGUGCCUCGCCAAGGAGGGCAGGGCGGCGCCCCAGGCCGUCGAGUUCGCGCGCGCCUACGACUACGUCGAGAACGCCGUCCUGCUCCGGUUCAGGCCGCCGGAGAUCUUACUGUGGCGCAUCAAGAGGAUGCUCAACGUGCAAGUGACGAAGCGGCAGGGACCAGAAGACAGUCUAGGCUAG